AUGCUACGCUCAGGGAGCAGACUGAGCAAGCUGGGGAGCUUCAAAGCUCCGUUGUCCUUGUCGAGGCAUGCGCAGCUACAGGGAAAAGCCCUAGGACUCAGGGACAGGAGAUGGGCGUCUACGGUUACAGCUCUGGAGAACUAUCCAUCGGCCGGGGAGAAGCUCCACGGGUUCAUCGUACAGGAAAAGAAACAUAUCCCGGAACUGCACCUGAGUGCUAUUCACUUGAAACAUGAGAAGACGGAUGCAGACUAUCUACACGUCGCAAGAGACGACAAGAACAAUGUUUUUGGCAUCUCCUUCAAGACGAAUCCCCCAGAUGCCACCGGUGUGCCACAUAUCCUUGAACACACCACACUUUGCGGCAGUGAAAAAUAUCCAGUUCGAGAUCCGUUUUUCAAGAUGCUACCUCGUUCGCUUUCUAAUUUCAUGAACGCCUUUACCUCCGCGGACCAUACCACAUACCCCUUUGCUACAACCAACAAGAAAGAUUUUCAGAACCUGCUAUCUGUCUAUCUAGAUGCGACACUGCACCCGCUUCUCAAGGAGGAGGAUUUUCGACAGGAAGGUUGGCGAUUGGGCCCAGAAAACGCUAGGCCGGAGCAAAGUCCAGAAGGUGCUUCCGGGGAACAGCCAAAAGAUGACAUCGUGUUCAAAGGCGUGGUCUAUAACGAGAUGAAAGGCCAAAUGUCGGAUGCGAAUUAUCUCUACUAUAUCAGAUUUAGAGAGCAGAUUAUCCCAGCCCUGGCUAACUCUGGCGGCGACCCCAAGUACAUCCCAGACCUCACGCAUAAACAACUCGUCGAUUACUCAAAGUCGAACUACCACCCGAGUAACGCGAGAAUAUUCACCUAUGGGGAUAUGCCGUUGGAUGACCAUCUGGCUCAGGUCGGUGAAGUUCUUAAUGGCUUCGAGAAGAAGUCAAAACCAUUGGAUGUAAAACUUCCUGUGGACCUUAGCUCUGGACCAUCGAAUAUAGCGGUGACUGGACCGAUUGAUACAUUCGCAAGCGAGGAUAAGCAAACGAAAACGUCAGUCUCUUGGCUAGCGGGCGAUUCUAGCGACAACGUCGAAUUAUUCUCGAUGGGAAUACUGUCGUCUUUGCUUCUCGAUGGCUAUGGAUCUCCCUUGUACAGGGCCUUGGUAGAGAGCGGGAUUGGCUCAUCCUUCACCCCAAACACCGGCCUGGACACGUCUGGCAAGGUUCCAAUAUUUUCAGUUGGAGUGAAUGGGAUUUCUGAAGCAAACAUUGCCGAUGUCCAGAGGAGCAUACAGAACGUUUACGAAGAGCACCUAGCCAAUGGAUUCAAUGACGAAAAGGUUCAGGGCAUGCUGCACCAACUAGAACUUGCCCUUAGACACAAGACGGCGAAUUUUGGGAUGGGCAUCAUGGACAAGGUUAUUUCGGCCUGGUUUAACGGAUCCGACCCCAUGAAGGACUUAGCCUGGAACGAGGUGAUCAAUGGAUUCAAGAAACGCUACGAGCAAGGAGGGUACUUGGAAAGCUUGAUGAAGAAAUAUUUCAUGAACGACAAAUAUAUGGUGUUUACGAUGACUGGAGAUUCCUCGUAUAACAACUCGCUGGUGGAAUAUGAGAAUUCUCGCAAGGAGACGAUGAUGAAUGAGCUGAGCCAAAAAUACGGCUCAAUGGAGCUCGCCAAAGACCAGCUCAAGAAGGAGGAGUUGGAGCUACUUAACGUCCAGGAGGCAGCGCAACAAGCCGAUCUAUCCUGCCUACCCACUCUUACCGUUAGCGAUAUUCCUCGACAAAAGGAGAAGAAACCAUUGAGUGAAUCGAAGAUUGACAACGUUGACGUUGUCUGGCGACAAGCUCCGACGAAUGGUCUUUCGUAUAUCCAAGUGCUCAAUGCUCUUAACGGCCUCCCCGACCAUCUAAGGUUACUGGUCCCCCUUUUCAAUGAUUGCAUCAUGCGACUUGGUACUAGCAACAGACGCAUGGAACAAUGGGAAGAUUUGAUCAAAUUGAAAACCGGCGGAAUCAACUCGUCGACCUUCUCGGCGUCCUCUCCUCUAGCUCUUGACAAAUUUUCCGAAGGCAUUCAAUUCUCAGGCUUCGCUCUUGACAAGAAUAUUCCCGACAUGUUCGAAAUCCUAACUACUCUUGUGAAUGAAACUACAUUCACCGGACCCGACGCUCCCAAGAUGAUCGAGGAACUAUUAAAGUCUAGCUGCAAUGGCGCUUUGGAUUCCGUGGCAGCCACCGGACACCGCUUUGCAGUGAACAUGGCAUCGUCUUCACUUUCACGAAAGUUCUGGGCUGAAGAACAGAUCUCUGGUCUUUCCCAAAUUCAGAAAAUGGCCCAGUUGCUCCAAGAUGCCCAGCAGUCGCCCGAUAAGCUGCAGGAACUAAUCGGCCACCUCCAGACGAUUCAGUCGUUUGCUCUUGGACGGUCAUCAAAUCUCAAAGUCCGCGUUGUGUGCGAGCCUGAGAUGAGGGGAGAGAAUGAAGCGAUGCUCCAGCGAUGGUUGAACGGGCUUCAUUCCAACACCAGCCCAACUUCUAGCCAGGGAACUACCUUCCUUAAGCCAUCGUCGGACAAAGUGCUGUAUGACCUCCCCUUCCAGGUCUCUUAUUCUGGCUUGGCUAUGGAGACGACCCCGUACGUCAGCUCUUCGAGCGCUCCUCUGAGCGUCCUAGCCCAACUUCUAACGCACAACUACCUCCAUCCCGAAAUUCGAGAAAAGGGCGGUGCCUAUGGCGCGGGUGCCAGCAACGGCCCGGUCCGAGGUCUUUUCACAUUCUCCAGUUACCGCGACCCCAACCCAAUGAACACCCUCAAAGUCUUCAAUAACAGUGGCGUGUAUGCCAGAGACAGGACAUGGACACAGAGAGAAUUGGAUGAGGCCAAGCUCAGCAUCUUCCAAUUGCUCGACGCGCCCAUGAGCAUCGAGGAUGAGGGCCAUCGCUACUUCAUGAGCGGCGUCACACAUGAAAUGGACCAGAAGUGGCGUGAACAGGUGCUAGAUGUCACGACCAAAGAUGUGAGCGAGGUGGCGCAGAAAUUCAUCGUCGAGGCGUCACAGCGUUCCUUCUGCCUGCUGGGCAAGAAGAAGGAAGAUUGGCCUGAUCUCGAGGGCUGGGAUGUUAAAAAGAUAUCUAUGAGCCCGUCUCAGGAUUCCGUUGCCGGCGCAGCAUGA